AUGUAUAACUACCUGUCUCAGCAGCAGCAGCAGCAGCAACAGCAGCAGCAGCAACAGCAGCAACAGCAAAAGCAACAGCAACAGCAGCAGCAGCAGCAGCAGCAGCAGCAAUAUGUUGUUCAGCAGAACUUUCUUUACAUCAGCAAAGCUUCAUACGAGCUGCAGCAGCAGCAGCAACCGCAGCAGCAGCAGCAGCAGCAACAGCAGAAACACAGACCCUUUGCUGCUGUUUCCUGGGCUCUUCAACUCAUAGCCUGCAACAAAACUGCUGCUGCAGCAGCAGCAACCACAGCAGCAACUGCAACAAGCGACAGCAGCAGACAGCAGCAGCAGCAGCAGCAGCAGCAACAGCAGCAGCAGCAGCAGCAACGGGAACAGCAAAAACUACCACUUUUGGUGGAACGUCUGAGGCUCUGCUGCAGCACAAAAAACCUUUUGGUUUCUGUCUGCAGCAGCAGCAGCAGCAACCAGCAGCAGCAACAGCAACAGCAGCAGCAGCAGCAACAGCAACAGCAGCAGCAGCAGCAGCAGCAGCAACAGCAGCAGCAGCAAGAGAUGGCGGAAUGGGGGUCUGACUCGUUCCCCCCUGCCCCCUACGGUGCUGCUGAGAGCUCGCAGGAGGAGGAGGGUGUUGCUGCUGCUGCUGCUGCUGCUGCUGCUUCUGCUGACUCAGACGACAGCAGCAAGAGCAGCAGCAGCAACGACAGCGGCAACUGCAGCAGCAGCUGCAGCAGCAGCAGCAGCAGCUCGUUUUGUAGGGGGGAGACCAUACCCAUACACAGGCAGCGGGCCCGUGGGGCCUCUCACUCAGUUGCACCAGCAGAAGAAACAGCAGCAGCAGCAGCAGCUGCAGCAGCAGCUGCUGCUGCUGCUGCUGCUGCAGCAGCACCGCUGCAGCAGCAGCACCAGAGAAUGUCUCGGCCUUGGCUGCUGAGGCGCAGGCACGUCACGACAGCAGCAGCAGCAACAGCAGCAGCAGCAGCAGCAGCAGCAGCAGCAGCAGCAGCAGCAAGCCAAGCCGUGGUUCUUUUCGUCGCAGCAUAG